CGACUUCCACCCCCUUCCAUUACAUAUAUAAUUAUACAUAACGUUUCCUUGUGCAUAAGAGAUACAAUUUCAAGGAUCCAAGCAGCAACUCUGUGAUUUUGAAGCUAUAAAGAGGGAGCCAUGGCUAAUAUGAAGCAAAUACUGAUCGUUUUAGUGACUUUGUUGGUAGUUUCAACAUGGGUGCCAGUUUCUUUUUCCGCCAAGAAACCUGUUUUUGCUGCAAGAAAAGAGGACAUAACAUUCAUCAAGUGCCAAGUAUGUGAAAAGUUGGCAAAGGAGUUGUCCCAGCAAGCAGCAAAAAAGCAGGCUCAGAUCUCGCCCAAGAAGAUCACAGAGUAUCAAAUCAUUGAGUUGGCGGAGAAUGUUUGUAAUUUGAAGAAGGAAGAAGCUGAUUGGAUUAUGAAGAUUGAUAUAGUGGAGCAAGGGGAUAAGUUGGAGCUGGUAGAACAAGACACUGAUGGUCAAUGCAAUUCAGAAUGCAAGACAAUAGAGCAGGCUUGUGAGCAGGUUGUGGGGUAUUCUGAUACUGAUAUUGCUGAAUACAUAUUUAGUUCCAAGCCUGAUAUUGAUUCGUUGGUAAACUAUUUGUGCAAAGACUUGACUAAUUCAUGUAGAAAGAAGCCACCUCCAGUUCCCAAGGAUAGAACUCCAGGAGAACCAUUUGUGCCAAAACCAGCCAAAGAUGCUGAGAUGGAGAAGAUUUUGAGAUCCAUGGAGGGUAUGCCAGGAGCACCUAACAUGCAAAUGUAUUCAAGGGAAGAUUUGAUGAACAUGAAAAAUUUUGGUAAUGAAGACGGCGAUGAAAAUGACGAUGAAGAUGAGGUUGAUGAUAGACACUUCCCUUCAAAUUUGGCAAAAGUUAUGAGAGGGAAGGAAAGCAGAAAUGAUGACUGGAAACAGAAGAUCACCGAAGGAUUAAAAAACACGGGUGAGACAUUGAAGAGGCAUGCAAACAAGGUCUCCAACAGGUUGCGACAAUGGUGGAAAAGAAUAAAGGCAGCACGCACAAAUAAGAAUUCAAAUGCUGGCAAAUUAGAGCUUUAGGCACCAUUUUAUUGAACAGAUCUCUUCACAGUUUUAUUAUUGUGUUGUUUUAGGCUUAAGAUCACCAAGAAAAAGUGGAGGUUAGCUUGUAGGAAUUGAGUAAAAACCAAAUGCAUUGUCUUUUUUUAUUUUUUUGGCUAAUCAAACGCAUUGUCUUUUUCAGAAUUAUCCACAUUAAAGAAUAAUAAAUAAUAAUUUUGCGACCAGAAA